AUAAUGCAUACAUACUUAUGUACAUACAUACAUAUAUCAGCUGAUUUACUAUUAGAAGUUAAGUAACCCACGUAUAUAUGUACAAACAAACAUACACAUACAAGAACUCAUUGACUCGCAACUAACAUCCCAUAACGUUUAUUUCUUUUCGAUGAAUUUGUACUAAACCACGUCUCACCAGCGUUGUCGCAAAAUGAAAAAUCAGCAUUGCAGCACACUUAACCCAUAUCGAGCCAGCAGGGGAGCGGAGAAGGUGACUGCAAUGCAGUUUCCUCAACUAGAGAUGCUGUCAGAGCACAGCACGCCAACGGCCACGCACGGCAGGAUAUCAGGCAGGAUAUUGAUUGCAAUUGUCUGUUCAGCGCUAAAGUCGGGGCAAAAGAGAGGCAAAAAUCUACUUCAAAGUAAGUAAAGGCGUGGGUGGCAUACGUAUGUACAUGUAGAAGCAUUCGCACGAUUGGUUUUUGUCGACUCAGUCAAUGACACUGUGUCGGCUGAACGGGUGGAUCAAUGGUGCAUUGCAGUCACAUCGCUGUUGGGUGAGUGUAUAAGUAAAUGGUCGCAAGCAGGAAAAAUCAGUACGAUUUCGAUUAAAAAAGGUCGAUAAGUCAGUGUGUUAAGAGUGUUUAAAAAUAAAACUAGAACUGUGACAAAUAAAAAUGCUACAUUCACAAAAGUUUGAGCCUUUGUAGCGCCCUCUGCCACCAACCAUCGUCGUUCGCGGAAAUUGCAUGGUCUGACCGCAGCGCCUGAGUGCAUUCAGUGCACGCUGACACUUGCCAAUGCGCGUUUUGUAUGGCGGCACUGCUGCUUCCGGUGUUUUGUUUUGGGCCUGCAGCGCCAACACGCAACACCCAACAUGUUGCAGUCAGUCACUGUGGCGUAUACACCAAAUAAAGUGCCCACAAACGAGCAGCGCUGAGUAUUUCUAAUCCGGCGGUUGCAUGUCUAGACGUCUGAAAUGUGACCGGUUGAAUAAAGCGUUUAGCGGACAGUGAGUGGUCUUCCAAGAAUACCGUCAUUUUUUAAUGAUUUAAGUGACAAAGGAAAGCGGAAAAGUUUUAUGGGAAACAUAAAAAUUUAAUUCAAAAGUAAAACAAAAUUGCGGUGUAAGAUUUUAAAGUGCAAAGCAUUAAAUGAAAAAUGAAAAGAAAAUGCUGAGGAAAAUCUUCGCUUGAAAGUGUGCAGUAUGCUGAUCAAUAGAAAAUAAACUUAAAUGGAUGUGUGUUUAAAGUAUCUAUAUAAAAUGUAUGUACAUAUAAACAUACAGCUUAAAUUUAAAAUUUAUAAAAAGAAAAUAUCAAAAUGAAAAAUGCAUUUGGUUUAAAUUACAUUCGCAGCGUACUCUGCAUUCAACGCGAAAAUAAUUAAUAAAAAAAAAGCCGCAGCAGUUGAAAAACUCGAUUGACUAAAAUUUAAUCGAAUGAUUUUAAUAAGGCUUUUAAACUUUAUCUUAAAAUCUUUUUUUAAUAAAAGUGUCCAAAGAAAUCUUAUAUAAUGAGCGAAAUUGAAUUUUAGCUAUUGCGUCAAGUUUUGCUUUCAUCAAUUUGUAAAGGAUUCUUGAAAUUUUUGUAGUUUUUCCCUCACUUCACGGCCUCAUGGCCUUUUUCAUUUCUACUACGCCCUCUCCAGAAAGUAAACCAGGUUUGAGAAAAAGUGGAAAAUUCAAUACAAAAAUUAAAAUUGAGUUAAAAAAUAAAAGAAAAAAAAAACAUACAGAUGCACUUACCGACGAAAUUUGAAUGUAGAAAACUCUUUAAAAACGAGCAAACUGUAAAUCUCUAAAUGUUACUCAUACGCCAUGUUGUGCAUACCAGCACCAAUCAUCAGCGCAACCCCGAAGCGAAGCAUCUACAUAUAUAUGUAAAGUGUGCAAUUUAAAAUUUAUGGUGACAAUGUGCUAAUUUACGCGACGACUGCAAAAAAAAGAGCUCAUAAAAGCAACGAAAUAAAAGUCGCCGACUCCAACUCCAGGCGGCCGAGAUGGAGACGCGCAAACAGAAACGGCUCGGCGCCGCUCCAAUUGCAUCGUUCGAGAAGUCAUUCGAGGAUUCCGCCUCAACGGCCACCACUGCCAACAGCAGCACCACCAGCUCCAUCACCAGCAGCAGCUCAGCUACAGCGGCAACUGUUUUUCCGGCAGCGCCGCUCUCGAGUUCAACGACGCCGAGUGCUAUACAGGCGCAUGAAGCGCUUGCCAAGGACAUUAACAGCAAUGGCGAUAUGAUGAUGGAGCCGCACGAGCGCAUUACAAACUCAUCUACAGACACAGGUAGAGCAGCCAGAAAUGCUCAGCAACAACCCAGCAUCGCUAUAUCGAUGUCAGGGAGCGGCGCUGCUUCACCCAGCAGCAGAACUAAACACGAUGGCAACAAUGCGAAGCGUCCACCCCCUCUGAAGGCAACCGUUGCCGCCAACACCGCCACCACUGCAGGCCCAUUGACCGGCAGCGACACUGUUGGUCAGCCACAGCAACAACCGCAGCUUCAGCAGGUGGCAGCUGGUAUGGGUGGCAUUUUCAAGGGGACCACUACGCUUACCACACCCUCGACGCCGCGCAUCGAACUGAGUCGCGCAUCGUCGUCGUCGCAUCACGAAGAGGAUAGCCGGGAAAGCAGUCCGGAGAAUGUUUUCGAGCAGGUUGGCACUGGCACCCUACAGGAAACGAUCGGUGUGGGCUUUCGCGAAGAGGGCGCCCUGGAGUUGCGCAGCUCAACGGAGGAAUUGUACUUUAUGGACCCGGAACAGAAGAAGGAGGAGCAAGAGAAACUGCAACAACAGCAAGCGAAGCGCUCCUCGCCACACAUCUUUAAAUUUGACGAUCAUCAGAGCUACUUGCAGCAGCAUCAGCGCAAGGAUUCCGCAAGCUCCGAGGUCGCUGCAUUGCUUUGCAUUUCCGGACGCACAAGUCGCAUUUCAAGCGUCGGCAGUCAGGGUUCGGCCGUGAGUCGUCUGUCGGCCGUAUCGGGCGUUUCGCGUUCACCCUCUCCACAUCGAAUGCUUUUGGAGACAUCAUUUUGUGGUCCCAAGCCACUGGAAAAUGUAGUGGACGGUCGCGUUUCAACUACUAUUGAGCCGCCAACGGCUGAAUUACUCGAACAGGUGUUAUUGGCGCGUAAGCACGACCCCACUCAGGCAGUGUUGGCAGAAGGCAUCACCGUGGAGAGUUCACCAAAGAAGAAGCCCACAACGCUGUCAAACGGUGAGGCCAAGCCCCCAUUGAAAAGUACUAAGAGGUCUGAGCGACCCAGCGCUGUUGGUAUUGUUGGCGCUGGUGCUGGUGGUGUUGGGAAGCCAACUAUGGGUGCUCAACGUCGAAGCACCAAAAGUCCUGGGCAGAUGGUAAUCGGAAAGACGCCCGGUGGCACAGAGUAUAUACGCAUAAACCUGAAACCCGACCACAUGUACGACGACAGGGGUAUUGCACCGCAUGAGAAAGUUGUCGAGGCGCCAAACAGUAUCGCUCCGCUUUACUCACGCAGCCAGAAGAAACCUGCUUCGCUCAGCUUAGGCCGCACUGCCGUGGAUGAGAACCGUCUGACACCUACGGCUAGCCCCAAGCCCACGCGUCAUGGCAUUCUGGCGAAGGACACGCACGGUAGCCGCUCUCCUUCUCCUGCCAAUGUGCCCGUUUCACGAAAAAGUUCAUUUAGUUCAAUAUUUCGCCUUGGCGGCAAGGAUUCGCCUGACUCGCCCCGCGAACGUUCACGUUCACGUAGCAAAAGUAAAGAACGCCAAACUCCGCAGUCACAAAAUGUUACGCCAAGCAAACAGAAAUCCGUUUUAGCGAUUUUUAAGCCCGGCAAACGUGGUAGCAACGCAGGCGCUGAUGCAAAAUCUUCGAAGAGUUCCUCGCCCAUUGAUGGACAUGAGCUACAGCAACAGGCGCAGCAAACACGCAGCAAGUCGCAUACGCCAUCAUCAACGAGUGGUGGUUCUCGACCCGCUAGUAGGUUACGUUAUUACGAUGAGCCCGUAGAAGGCGUAAUACACAUACCGCUUCAUACUCCGCCUGAGGAAAAGGAGGCGCGAAAAUUAUUGCACGGCAUACAACAAUUAAAUGCGGAGCCGACGCGCCCAGUUCCAACAGCUAUAACGGCUAGCCAGCUGGCCGCGGCCGCUGCAGCUUUGAAGCCUGUGGGGGCCCGGAAGAGUUCGGGAAGUGGGUCAUCGGGCAGUGGUCAAUCGCAGCCGAGGUCUCAGCAAGUGGAUAAGUUGCAGCGCAUCGAGAAUCUCGACGCCAUACAUACGCUGUCGCAAGAUGAUGACAAUAAAGAGCGCACAUGGAGUCUGGAAGUGAACAAACAUAGUUCCCAGGAUUCGCAAGAAACUGCCGGUUCAGAGAUAAGCUAUGCUAGCGCUAUCAAGGUCAAUCUUCGUUCGAAUCUGGCAAAUGUUAAGGAAAAUGUGGUGCAGGAAAAUGGUGUGGCAGCGGAGGCGGAAAUUCAUCGAUUGCCUUCAGUGGAUAGCGGUGGGGAGGUGAAGGUCGUUGAGACGGUGGCGAUGGUCAACGUGAAUAUCACACAAAUUCAGCCCGAAACUGAACAUACAAAAGAAAAACGUCGAUUGCUCUUUACGACACGCCUCGGCUCUGGCAGUCAGGACCCAAUUUUUUCCACACAAUUUAGUAUUUCAAAGACUGAAAGUCAAUCGAGCCAGUUGUCUGAGCAAAUACAAGAAACAAUAGCCGAGAGUCCUGUGUCGGAGACCCUGCGCAGACAGGGCACUGUAAUACGCCGUUCAGAAGAGGAAGUGGAAGCCAGUGCUCCUGCACAAGUAGCAGAACCCAAAGAGCCAAUGAAAAUGCCACCGAAACGGCGAAGCUCUACCGAAACCUCAACUCGUCGCCAGAAAUCGAUUUCUACUUCUGAGGACGAGAAACACAUUGUACAAACAACAGUUACUGCAGUUGUUAUGCGACGCAAGGAAUCACAUGAGGAGCCGAGGCGAAAAUCGCGCUCCACGUCAGAAGACGACGCGGAUGCUGGUGGCGGUGUUUUGAAUCAACGCCAUUCCCGGUAUCUGGAAAAUUUUGAUGUGCGGAAAAAAUACCACGAAAAUGUACCCCGUAAGCCAAAACGGCAAAGCUUUUCCGAAAGCAAACGCGCUGAGGGCGUAGAAGAGCCGAUUUUAAUUGCUGCAGAGCAACAUGAAGAUCAAAAACCACCAAAACAGCAACAACGUAAGCCAACACUGCCUCAGCCGCCACCUCCAUCUACAGCGCCCUCACCUUCGCCACCUCCAAUUGCUGCUUCCGCUUCUGGGAGCCGUUCGCCAACGCCAACGACACAUCCACCACGCUCGCAAUCCCAAUCACCUGUAGAUCGUUCCGGAAAACACACACCCGUCAAACCUCCACGAACCUCAACACCCCCUCGUCGUUCACAUGCCGCAACCGAAAGACAAUCAAUGCCCUCGACCGACGAACCAAUUGAGUCAUCCGAAAGUGAAAGAGACUCAGACUUAGCAGGCGGCAGCUCUGCGUUAGCCGACCCCAAGCGGCGGCACUUGCCGCGUCAUGUCGGCGCUAUCGAAGAUCACGAGAGUACAGGACUCGUUUCGCAAGAGUCCUUCGACGAGCUUCCCUAUGUGCCCACUACACUACCCGAGGAGCGAGCGCAAGGCGUCCCACUCAUUCCUAUGAAAGAUCGGGCCAACAUGGAAUUGAAAACAUGCCCUGUGGAGCGUCCACGCUCAACUACGCCACUAAAUCCUUCCCACUUAGAGGAAUAUUGCGGCAUAGUUACACCUCAGGAGCCAGCUUAUGAGCUUAAUGGCUCUGUGCCAGUACGCGGCGAGAAAUUGCGCAUCAGUUUGCCACGUAAAGACUCAACUAAGGAGCGGGUACAAAGCGCAAAGUCCCCACGACGAGCAUCCAACACUAGCGGCAAGUCUUGGUUUGAGUUCGCCGAGGAGGGUCUGCGCGCCAAUGCAGCCAACUUGGAACGCAAAGAUUCUAACAAACAAUUGUUACAGCAGAAAAAACCGGAAGGAAAGGAAACAAAAACAAAGUCACCUGCCGGCACAGCGACCACAACCACCGUGCAGACCACGCAAACGCAAAUUACACCAACCUCCGGCACCACAACGACGCAACGAAAGCUCUCUGGACAUUGGAUAGAUUUCGAAAAUAUACCGGAAAAACGCAAGCCACCAAAGCGAAUUACGGCUUUGCCCAAAGACGGCGUCAUUUCCACGACUACUAGUAGCAGCCGAACUCACGCCGCCCAAACGAGUGGGCAACAUGCGGCGCACACCCACGCACAUGGCCAAGGGCCCGGACAUGGACAUCAGCCACCACAGCCAGAUGUGACAAUGGACGGCAAAAUCCACUACAACUAUGUAAAGCCGGAAGACUGUCAGUGCGAGUGUCAUGAGGCAAAGAGGGAAGGAGCCGUGGGCGCUGGCGCUGAUGAGACGGAGGAAGCAGGCACGGUCGGUGCAGACGAUGAGGCUGACGGUGUAGCAAGCAGCAAAUCCAUAACCAGCGUGGAUCUUCUACAGCAAGGUGAGGAUAUGUUGCCAUUGCUGGACCCUGACACACAAGAUGGAAUUGAGCCAAGUGACUCGUCGCGUGAGUACAGCUGCUACACGGACGAUGAGAUGGAUGUGCCGAUGCGGCAGACAAGCUCCAGUCGCUCGAAAAGCAGUUCCUCAAAGCUGGACGAGUUUCCGCGUCGUGAUGUAUCGCACAGUCCACGAAAUCGGAAGUUUCCGGACAAUCGCAAGUGAGGCCGUUGGCAGUUCGAUAAUAAGUUUAUGGAUUUGCCUUCAAAUACGUUGCUGAAAUUUGCGUUUUAAAAUUUGUAAGCUAACUGGGAGUGCUGCGCCAAAAUGCAAUGGCAACACGUAAAUGGCUUUUGGUUUCGUUAAAGCGUAAUAUUGACUUCUAGUUAUGCCUUAAAGCUGCCUUUACAUGAGGCGAUUUUUUGACGGGCGAUAAUCGCCAUCGCCUGCAAGAGGUUGACUUGCUGUCUACUUUGAGGCAAGCUAUUU